AUGCGUGCUUCGAACAAACCGUUCCGUCUGCUUGGUGCCGUCGCUAGCUGCUGCUGCUCUUUGCUGCCUCCGAGUGACGCGGCAAGGUCGCAUACGCAUCGCUUUCCGAUUCUGGCCAAACGGCGUUCUUCCCAUCGUCACCUUUCCCUCAUCUGGCAACUGCCACUGCGCAACACCAGCUCGAUCAGCUCCUGCGCUACGAAUACUCGGCGAGGCCGACAAAGCGCUCACAGCAAAUGCGUUUCUUCUCCUGACCGUUUGCACCGUCUACGCCGCCUCACCUUACGACCUUACGACUCUUCGGCUCCUCCAUUGCACGCCCUGGCAUUGCUACACCGAGCGCUGUCAUGCGGUGAUCUUGUAACCCUCCUCCUCCUCCUCGUCCAGCUCAGCAUCAUCCUUAAACUCAACUACAGAGCGGCAUCUGGAAGGCAUCCCAGCACCCUGUCACCCGCUGCUUCAUUCGCGUCACAUGCAGCACAAAAGCCCGCCAUGAUCAUCCAUACACCUCGGGCCGAUCCGAACGUGUCGGCCUCUCCGUCCACCUCUCGUCAGACGGUCAGUCAACCAAGGACGCCCAUCACCCCGAAGCGAUACCGAGCCGCCCCUUCCGUGGCUCAGCCGCUUCCUUGGACUCCUUCUUCUCGUCGCAGCUCUGUUGUCGACGACGACGCCACAGAGCACGACUCGGCUGCUCAGAGCUCUUCCUCCUCCAACUGGCAGGCCAGCAUCGAGCUCUCGCUGACUACUCGACGCCGUCUCAUUCGCAAGCCUCUACCUCAGAUACCUCCGUCCCAGCUCAACAGAACCGACACACCAGACGAUGCAGACGACGAGUUCAUCGAUUCGGCUGCGCUCGACGCUCGAUACAACCAAGCAGGCGCAUGGUGGCCCGAUGCGCUUCCCGACAAGCACGUACCUGCAGCUGCCUCUUCCUCUGCGAAGCCGUCCAGUUCGACGCAGAGCCCCCCUUCCAUCGAUGGUCAGGGCUUGGACGAACAGAGUCUACGUCAUCUCCUCUCCAUUCUUCACUACGCUGCGCUCGGAUACGAAUCCGACGCCGCUGCUGAAUGCGACGACGGCACCAUCGGAAGGAACGUGAUUGUAUCAGCAACAGGAACAUACAAGAAGCAGGCGUCCAACAAUAGCACGCCCGUCGCUGCGCCUGCGCCUGCGCACAAUGACAAGGAGGCAAUGUAUGUGCUUGACGAAGCGACGCUCGACAGCCUCUACCUCGCUUUGCAAGCCGCCUUCCGACAUCUUUCUCAGAGGCAUCUUCUCGGAGACCUGCAACGUACCGCUUCCAUCAAAUGGCGUGCCGAGGCUCAGCUACGCAACGCUACCGCAGCCCAGGCAGCGGAGUCCAGCAGCUUCCUUUCGUCACGAUGGGCUCGCUUUGCGUGGCCUGCUGCUGCUCUUGGCAAAGCGUACAAGGAAGCUCAGAAGAACGUCCUGCCACCUCAGCCGGGAGACAGCGCCUUCCCCGGCUUAGCUUCGCCUUCCUACCUUCAGACGAGCCACCAGCAACCUGACCAACUCUACAGCGACCUGGAUCAUCGGAUCCGAAAGAGGGAUGUUGCGGUCAAGAUCCUGAGCAAUGCCGUCUGGUUUGUUCGCAAUUACGGCCCUGCCGCUGGUGUGGAGGCGCUGGAAGAGUCGAGCCAGGACUUUUACGAAAAGGUCAAAAAGCCACCAUUUGCGGGCGAUGAACUCGCUCCUCCUGCUCCUUCCUUGUCUUCAUCCCGAAGAACAUCGGAGAAUCUACUCAGAAGGAACGCCGGGCUUCCCCACUUGCUCUCCAAGUCAAGCGCCACGACAGCUAUCAGCGGCACUGCCACACCAGAGAGCGGUCAAUCCGACGCUCCACCCACCCCUGCUUCGGAAGCGUCGUCCAAGCGGAGCUCUGCAACGCCGGCCGCUCCUCCCUCCGUGCGAGACUCCGGGACCCUUCCCGCGAGCUCGUCCGACCAGCAGUUGCUGCCGAGGCCAACCUCAACCACCGCCUCCGGUCUUUCACAAGCAGUGACACCAUCUGACACCGAGUCGGGGCUGCCACCUUCCAGCGCGACAGCAACACAUCCAUUGCCUGGGUCGACCAAUGUCAGUGCGGGCGAGAAGAGCAAAGCCAUGGAACAUCUCACCUCACUCAGUGCUGCUGCUGGCGCUGCCAUGCGACAGAGGGCACAACACGCCGCCGCAGCUGCGGCAGCCACUGGCACCAAACCCGAAGAUUCUGUCGAUGCAGUGCUGGCUGCUUCCGCGCGCUUGCGUCCCCAAUUCAGCCGACCGAGCCUGCGCUCCUUUGCUGGUCGCUCGGAAGCCGAAAUUGCAGAAACCAAUGCGCUCGAAAAGGCCGAGCGCGACCACUUGGUCAAGAUCGGCCGAGGCUGCGACGAGUGGGCCAAGAUGGUCGUUUGCCGACUCUGCGCUUCCAUCUCUGUGGCCGAGAGCUCCGACAAGGUAUCUCACCGAAGGUCGGGAACAAUUACGGCCAGAGACAUGGGUAGAGAAGCAGUCGCGGCUGAAGGAGCGGACGUCGGUUCGAGUGUAUCCACACGCUCUGACAUGACAGCCAAAGCGGGCAGAGUCGGUCACAACGGUUCUCGAGGAGAUCAGCAAGGUAACGCUGAGAGUCAGGCAGAGGAUCAGAAGCUCGCGUCGAUCGUGUGGCAAGCUGACGUCUUUAAAGGCGAAGAGCUCUUCGCGCAUGGAGGGGUCGACUCGAAUGACUGUAGAGGCAGCGUAUCGCCGGACGACGUUGAUGAACGCGUCAGGCUGGUGGGAGGCAGCUUCGUAUGUAGCGUUCAGACCGAAAAACAGAAGCAGGCUUUGAUCGAGCUUAUCGAGGUCGCCCUGUAUGCCGGCAUGUCGAUGCUGCUCGAGUCGAGCUUUCUCAGCGAUUCGGACGCAGCUCGACCCAAGAUCGUCAAGGUGCCCACACGAACCACUUCGACCGUCGAUGCACCACAGCGAGGCGCCAGCCUUGUCCAGCAAGCCGCCCUUUCUCGUUUCAGUUCGCAGCAAAGCCUCGAAAGCAGUCACACAUCGACCUCGGGCACGACCGGCACCAUGCAGACUUCCGGCCCCACACAUCCGGCGGCUCAAGCAGAUAAUGGAGCGCACGAAGCCGAUGCCAUUCAUAGGUCCGGUCCCAGAAAGUGGACAAAGAGCUUGUGGGGAAAGCUUGGACAGCAGCCGCUCGGCUCUGCAGAAUCCAACGCGAAUCUUUCCGCUGGACGACCGGGCACUAACGAAGAUCACGGCACGGCGACGACAGCACCGCGCACUUCGCUCACAAUGCAUCGGUAUCAGACGGACGACGAUCCGAGCAAUGCGAUAUCCGCGGCCGCCCGAUCACCCAUCUUCAAGGCCGGCGAAGAGCCCAAGCAGACGAUCGCAGCCAGGAAAGCGGCUCUGUUUGCGAGCGCUAACAACCAAUCCGGCCCCUCGACGCCGUCUGGAGCACGCGGUCACACCGCCGAACACGCAGCGCACACAGGUCACAAACCGCACCGCUUGGUAGGACGACUGAUGAAUGCCUUUGCGAAGCCCUCAUCUUCGGAAACCUCCCGUCCGGAGGCUGUCGGCUACGGUUCUGACCCGAAUACGGCGCUGAUAUCUUCCAAAAUAUCUGCAUCUGAUGGUGCACAGCUGGACACCAGCAGCAGGGCUGAGGCUGUCACGUCGCGAUCUCGAGCGUCGACGAUCGAGAACCGGAUGUCCAAUUUCGAGCGACUGCGCACAACGGCGAAAGCGAAGCCUUCGUUCCCCGUCGAAAAACCGAGCCCGGCGGCCCUAUCGACCUCUCCCGAGCUUUCGAUGCUCCUCUGCUACCAGUAUCGUCCGGCUCCCGACCAUAUUGCAUUUCCGACCGCUACCUACUUGACCGCCUUCCAUCGUCUACAGCUGUUGCGCUUUCUGGCCGACCAACGCUGGGAUCACUUGACGUUCGCCUCCCCCUCGCACGGCAUCUCCGCCUCGGGCGAUCUUGUGCCCUUCGUUGGCGUGCAAACGCCUCCAUCAUCGUCGUCGCCUUGGAGUGUCAUCUUGUCGCGAGGCCAGCACCAGCAGCAAAUCCAAACAACGUCACGCAGCGGCCUGCGCUCGGUCCAGCUCUUGUCGUACGAGCUGCUCUCCGGAAAUGGCUCUGUCCUCGGCUUAUGUCGCGAAGAAGUGGCGUUUUAUCAGAGGCUCAGCAACAAUCGGGAUGUACCUCUCGGACAAGUCAUCGAAGAGCUCGGCAUACGUGCGUGUGCACUAGAGGCCGACAACGAUACCGCCUCGAAGCCAGCACAGGACUCCCGCAUCGUCGCGGGCAAGAGCCAAAUCAGUGGGGCUAGAGACCGCAAUGACGCUUCUGCGAGACCACGUAACAGCGCCUACGAUGCCCCCGAGCAGCGCUUGCAAUUCAUCCAUGGUUCCUGCCGAAUCAAGCUUGUUGCCACCGUGUUACCGUCGCGACUGUACGGCACAGACGCUGAGAAUGGAACGCAGCACGAGGCGGACUCAGAUGCACAGCCAGCGGCGGGAAGCGGGGCGGUCUCGCCGUCUCUAAAGCCGACCAGAUCGAGAGAAUCUGACGUCUCUGCCAUCGCUGCCGCAAGUCACACAGACAAGGAGGUGGCCGACACCGCCUUCGCUGUCGCAGAAACCGCGGUUCAAGCCGCCGAGACAGGCGCAACACGGCCGCUCGUGGAUCAGCGCGGAAGCGGAAACACGAGUGGAAUAUGGAUGUGGAAUGCCAGCGCCAAGAGCGGCUGGCAAGCCAAAGCAACGCCGAUGUCCGAGUCCACCUAUCUGCUCUCCUUCGCUCGCUACCUGGAAGCCAUCUCGUAUCAUCCAGCUCUGCGUCGAGCGGGUGGACUAGAACCUGCCAGCGCCAAAGGGUACGGAGGUCUGGCCAAGGUGCAGCAACAGCUUCGUCAAGGUAAGGGCGAGGACAGCCGCAGUGUCGCCGAGGGACCCAACUUGUUGCGCUUCUUCCGAAGCGGCCGUUCGCUUAUCAAGGUGCAGGUACAACCUCUCGUUCUGUUUGACCUACACUUGGAGGGGCCUUUUCUGAAGACGAGCAACGAGCGUCGGCGCGAAAGGAAGCAAAAGCAAGCGCAAGCGGAGAAGCGCAGGCUCAAGCAGAUGGCUGACGCAACGCGACUAGAAAUACAGCGCUUCUUCGCUUCCGUCAAGGGCACCACGACCAAACUCGAAGACGUGUUUGUGUCGCGCGAUCUCGACGAAUCUGGCAAGACCGUUCGCAGGAAGUCGGCAGCGCAACAUGCAGAGAAUGGUCAGACAAACGUGACAGGCCUCCCCUCGUCAUCGUCAAAUUCGACGAUGCCAGACAUGGUGGCAGAGCCGAUGAAUCUGCUGACCAACUUGCGUUCGUCGCUCCGUUCCGACGAAUUCGAGCUGUACGAAUCUUUGCAAAGGACUUUGCACCUGGACGGCAUCAAUGACGUCCGCAAGGCGUUCGCCGACCGCGCCAAGUCGGCCAAGAACCGCCUCACCGCAUGGAUUAAGAAACACCUCGACAAGACGGAGCGGACCAACUUUGAAAACCCGCACUACGACGAGCCCGAGUAUUUCCAGGCAGGUCGCCGAGCCUUCCCCGGAAGUAGCUUCAUCAUCCGUGACGACGAACCGCUCUCCAUCGUCGCCUAUUCACUCAGCUCAUGCGACUUCCGCGCCGAAAUGGGCACGCUGGCUCAACGUCACGCCGAUGCUACUGGCUACAUGGGAAGCAGCAACGAGGAGCACGUCCGGCAAUGGCGUAGCGGGGUGGUCGAUGGCAGCGAUGCUGCUAGCGACGCCUCCUACAUUUCUAGAUCCGGUGCCAGUGCUGCAUCGGCUGCCUCGAGCUUGCUGAGAAAUAGGGUCAUGCGCAGAGUGCCUCUCGACCAGCUCGACCCGGACAAGGACGAGGUGUUCUACGACGCCGAGCCGGUGCGUGCUGUGCUGAAGCGCAAGAAGCGAGGACGAGAGUCGUCGAUCCUAUCCUUGACGCUGCGACGGGUGGGGUCCACGCUUUCGGAAUCGCAACGCGCCAACUAUCAAGCAACGAACGCCAAUGGACGACCAGCCUCGUCGUCCGGUUCAAUCAAGGUUCGCGACGACUCCGACGAUGACGAUGAUGUUAAUGACGACGAAGUCGAGGUCCCGACGAACGGUCGCAGUUCGACAAUCUCCACUUCCAUCGAUGGCCAGGACACAACGCUUGGCGCCCUUCGCACGCCCUCGAGACGGCCUCCUGCUGCCAUGACGGAUCAGAAGACGCCGUCGUCGGCCAAGGCCGAACCGCGCACACAAGGCAGCGUCACCGCGCUUCGACGCACGUUUGAGCUGCGAUCCCAAUCCUCGUUCUCGUCCAUCCCGGACAGGAAGUCCUCAAUCCAGCCUGCGCAACCGCAUCAGUCUGCGGGCGCCAGCACAAUCAGCAAUGCAAGUACGGACACGACCUUCCACGCACAGAUUACGCCCAUGUCCGGCCGUCCUGCAUCACUCGCCAGCAUCUUUUCGUCCACCAAGACAGACUCGGAGGCCGCAGAUUCGCACUACAGCAGGGUCUCAAGCCGUACCAUCGGUUCGAGCGUCCCUACAGCGAAUCCGCGUUCGGCGUCCCAGCCGCGUCGACCGUCUUCUUCUCUGGCAUCCGAGGCGUCGGGCGGCGAAGAAAACGCCGAGACGUACAUUGGCGCCCCUUCUGCGGCCAAGCACAAUCACCCUGCGCAGCCGUCUCUCGCGAGCGAAGGCGUGGCGGGCGCCGAUGCCCGAUCGUUGCAGUCCAACAGCACGUUGCCUGGAUCUACCUCGACCGAGUCACCGCACAUCAAGCACAACCUGGUUCAGGGAAGCACCAAGAUCUCGUGUGUCACGUGGUUUGCCGAAGAAUUUGCGGCGCUUCGUGAGCGAUGGGGAGUCGAGCACGACUACAUCCAAAGUCUCUCGCGCUGUCAGCCAUGGGUCGCCUCGGGCGGCAAAUCCAAGUCGGCGUUCUUCAAGACGGCAGACGAGCGCUUCAUCGCCAAGCAGCUGUUGACCGUGUGGAGUGUCGACGAGAAGGAGGCGUUCCUCGAGUUUGCUCCCGCCUACAUCCGCUACAUGAUGAACUCUGCCGUCAACGAUUGUCCUACGCUGCUGGUCAAGAUCGCCGGCGUGUACAGCAUCAAGAUUAAGGACAUCAAGGCGGGGGAGACCAAGCUCAAGAUGACCGUGAUGGUGUUGGAGAAUCUGUGGGCAGGCGAUGGUGGCAAGUCGAUCAGGUUUGAUUUGAAGGGCAUUCGAGAUCGCAAGGUAAAGCUCAGCGCUCAGCAGCAGCAGGAAUUGCAGCAAGCUGCGACGAACACGGCGGCCAACGGACAGCCUCUGGUCGAGGUGGCCGGGGCAGGGAAAGGUUCGACCAUUCAAGGAUCGGCGACGACUGCUGUGAACGCAGGCGUGGCAUCGAUGGCAACGGGUGGAUGUGAUCAACCCGCUUCUGGUGCUUCGGUGGGGAACAGAGCUGGGGAUGCGGGUAGCGCUCAAGCUGCCGUCGGAAGCGGCGAAGCCAAGCAAUCGUCGGGCUCCAAUGCUGUUUGGUGGGACAGCGAAUGGAUCGAACGGUACCGUCACCGCGCCUUUGUACCCGAAACGCAGAAGGAGCACUUCCUGCGAGCGCUGCAAAACGACACGCAGUUCCUCACCGCCUCCAACGUCAUGGAUUACUCCCUGCUCCUCGGAGUGAUGGAACAUCCCGUUCGUCAAGACGACAUGUACCCACCCGCAUCCGCACCAUCCGCCAGCGGCACCACGACCCCUCUGGAAGCAGCGGAUCUGCACGAACCACCCGAAAGACCCUCGUUCCGAUGCAGGAUCGUCGACUUCCUCGGCGCAUUCACGCUCGCCAAGCAGCUCGAAUCCAGCUCGAAAAAGGCGCUCAAGGGUCAGGACGCAAGGGGCAAUGUGACGAUCCUGCCACCGAGCGAGUACGCCAGCCGCUUCUUGGGGGCCAUGGACACGUACUUUAUCGGUACACCGUGUCAGCCCAGGUUGGAUGCGGGGUAUGGGUUCGAUAGGAUGUGCGAGGAGGUGGCGAAGGGGAACGGGGAAGGAGAAGUGAGGCGGCCGAGGCUUGCGUCGGUUCUGUAG